UUGGUUACAAUUUCCAUCAUUUGACGAAUCAAACACCAAAACCAAAUUGACCACUGCGACUCUCUUCUCUGCUUCUCCUGAACGUGCAACUCCAUUACACACUCACAAAAUGGGCUUCUCCUCCUUUCUGGGCCGUCUCCUUUUUGCUUCCCUCUUCAUUCUCUCCGCAUGGCAGAUGUUUAAUGAAUUUGAUGCCACUGGUGGACCCAUUGCAAAGGAGUUGAUUCCCAAGCUCAAUGUUGUGAGGAGAAAUUUAUCCUUCAAACUGGGAGUAGAGAUACCAGAUAUUAAUGUUCGGCAAUUGAUUACCACUAUCAUAUUUCUAAAGGGGGUUGGAGGGAUUCUAUUUGUGUUUGGCAGCACAUUUGGAUCUUAUCUUCUGCUUUGGUAUCUGGGGCUUACUACACCAAUACUGUAUGAUUUCUAUAACUAUAGCCCUGAUAAGCCUGAGUACAGUUUACUGCUAAAUGAUUUCAUUCAGAGCACAGCACUUUUUGGUGCAUUGUUAUUUUUUAUAGGGAUGAAGUACUCGAUUCCCAGAAAACAAUUCAGGAAGAAGACCCCAAAAACAAAGACAGUUUAGAAAUUAG